UGCACUUUUCAAACCUCAACUGUAAGCUGCAGUAAGCGUCUGUGCUGCCGUCACCCGGAGCCGACUCACUGGGGGCCAGGUCACAGCUGUUGGCUGUCGUCUGGGAAAGUAAAAGGGGGUCCUGCCACUCUCGGAACUACCCGGCUGGAGCUUGAGAGCACGUCCUGUCGUGGCCACCGGCGUGGGGCGGGACGGGAGCCCCCUUGGAGGGGGCAGCCCCGAGAGGACCUGCUGCAGCCGGAGCGGUAAAAAUAAGUGACCAAAGAAGAAUAGCUGGGAGCCACCUAACAUGUCGAGGAGAAGGUUUGAUUGCCGAAGUAUCUCUGGCAUGCUAACUACGACUCCUCAAACGCCAAUAAAAUUGGAAAACUUCAAUAACUUUUAUACACUUACAUCCAAAGAGCUAGGCAGAGGAAAAUUUGCUGUGGUUAGACAAUGUAUAUCAAAAUCUACUGGCCAAGAAUAUGCUGCAAAGUUUCUAAAAAAGAGAAGAAGAGGACAGGAUUGUCGAGCAGAGAUUUUACAUGAGAUCGCUGUACUUGAACUGGCAAAGUCCUGUCCCCACGUGAUUAACCUCCAUGAAGUCUAUGAAAAUGCAAGUGAAAUUAUAUUGAUACUGGAAUAUGCUGCAGGUGGGGAAAUUUUCAACCUGUGUUUACCUGAGCUGGCUGAAAUGGUUUCUGAAAAUGAUGUUAUCAGACUCAUUAAGCAAAUACUUGAAGGAGUUUGUUAUCUACAUCAAAAUAACAUUGUACACCUUGAUUUAAAGCCACAAAAUAUAUUAUUGAGCAGUAUAUAUCCUCUUGGAGACAUAAAAAUUGUGGAUUUUGGAAUGUCUCGAAAAAUAGGGAAUGCAUGUGAACUUCGGGAAAUCAUGGGAACUCCAGAAUACUUAGCUCCAGAAAUCCUGAACUAUGAUCCCAUUACCACAGCAGCGGAUAUGUGGAAUAUUGGUAUAAUAGCAUAUAUGUUGUUAACUCGUACAUCCCCAUUUGUGGGAGAAGAUAAUCAAGAAACAUACCUCAAUAUUUCUCAAGUUAAUGUAGAUUACUCAGAAGAAACUUUUUCAUCAGUUUCACAGCUGGCCACAGACUUUAUCCAGAGCCUUUUAGUAAAAAAUCCAGAUUUUCAAUUUUCUUCUGGCAUUCCCCCCAAAAGGAAAAGGCCAACAGCAGAAAGCUGCCUUUCUCAUUCUUGGCUACAACAAUGGGACUUUGGAAACUUGUUUCACCCUGAAGAAACUUCUGGUUCCUUUCAAAUUCAGGAUCAUACAAUAAGGUCCUCUGAAGACAAGACUUCUAAACCUUCUUGUAAUGGAACCUGUGGUGAUCGAGAAGACAAAGAGAAUAUCCCAGAGGACAGCAGCAUGGUUUCCAAAAGAUUUCGAUUUGAUGACUCAUUGCCCAAUCCCCAGGAACUUGUUUCAGAUUUGCUCUGUUAGCACUUUUCCCUUUGACUCAUUUAGACUGAAUUUGGAAUUUUAAAUCUGCUCCAGUGUGUGAUUAUGGUUUGUAGCUUCAUAUAUGGCAUGUUUAUAUUGUAAAUGCAUUUUUGCAGAGAAGAAUUUAGGUAAGUGCUUUUAUGCUAAAUUAUUAGUUUCAAGCAUAAUAUCAUUUCUUAUCCUGAAAUACAGCUCUGUAGAGAGGAAAAUAUAUAAAUAUAUGACAAAAAAUAAAAUUGUGAGUUUCCAUGUUAAUGAAAGAAUUCAAAUGAACUGGAAUGUUUUACAUAUGAGAAAAAAUGGUUUGGAUUAUAUUGCGGUGAAUGUAAACUGAACAAAAUGAGACAUUUAAUUUAAUAGCUUUUUUUUUUUUUUGCCUAAACUGAGUCCUAUACCAUGCCUGUAUUGACAGAAUUUGCUUAAGAAAACAGUGUCAGGUUUAAGUCAGAAUAUGUACUGUAUUCUAGAUGCUCAAGAGACAUCUUAGAAUUGAAAAUGUUUUUUAAUCUCAAGUAUUUUGAAACUGCAUAAGAUUUCCAUUAUGUAAGGUCUGCUACAUGAGAGAGGCCCUGUGACCGGAACAAAGGUGUUAGAAACCUUGCCACAUUAGCAUACCCAAAUGCCUUUUGCAUGCUUGCAGCAUACUUCAGGUUUAAUAAGGUCUGGAAGAUGGAAAAUGACGGUGUGUAAGUGUAAGGUUUUCCGUCUUCCACAGCGUCUUUCUAGAGAGGAGAAGAUACUUAGGUAAAACUGAAUGUGCUCUAUUUUUAGUCAGCUAAGCGUAUAUUUUUUUUAAAAAAAGCAUAUUAAUUGGCUAUGAAAAUUCUCACUAUUAUUAAUAUUGAUAUUAAUAUUAAAAGAACAUGUUUGCAGACUUAGGCAGCUUACAGAAUUUUUGAUGUCUUCUCAGUUUUAGUUCUAAAAAUGUGCAUAAAAAAUAUCAUAGCACCAGCAGGGCUAUUAAUACAGUGCUAGAGUCACCAGUCGCGAUGUUUAUGUGAUCAUAAAAUAUGAUGGCAUCAAGCUGUUCUAGAGUGCUUCUGUAAAAUUCCUGGUGAGUGAUGAGGAUUGGCAUAAGGCCAUCUGCAGAGAAGCCUGUAAGUAUGGUCUUUUACUGGGACCAGUGCAAAAGGGGAGAACAUUUCAUCAAUUGGCUAGUGGUUCAGUCCAUUAAUGGGAGGAGAAAUGUACUCCUUGGGGCAAUCUUUGAUGAAUUUCUACCUUGUGACUAUCACAUAGUCUGUUGUAUUAUCAUAUAAAGAUAAUUGUAACCUCAUGAUCAUGUUAUAUAUCAAAAGAAACUAUAUUUUGACAAAAAGUACCUGAGUGUUCCCCUUUGAUUCAUGUAUUAUUUUAAAACCUUUAACCUACUGAAAUUUUGAUAAAACUUCAAAUUCUUUAGACUGAAAAGUUAUUAUUAAUCAUCAGGUCAAUUUAUUUGGCUAAAUGGCAAAUUCCUUUAACAUCUUUAGCAAGUUUCUUUUACUUGUGUGUGCAUAUGUGUAUAUGUGUAUGUAUAGGUGUAUGUAUAUAUGUAUAGAGAUAAAAUAUAAUCUUUAGACAACUUUAUCUUAGAGAUUCUUUGCUCUAGUAUAUUGUGCUCAACUCAGGUGCCAAAGAGCUCUCUUCUUAUUACACGUAAAUAUGCAUUUAAAUUCUUUAAGCAGCAGUUUUUUGGCCCAAUAAUCUAGCCAUCGAAGAAGCAAUUUAGGGCACUUAAUUUUGAACUGAUGAGUUGUUUAUAAAUUAUCGAUUGUCCAUUUAUUUGCCUUCAGCAUUAAAAUAAUGCAGGUAAAGCUUAGUAAGUCAUUGGAGAAUGAGAAAAUGAUUACUUUCCCAAAAGAUCAUAUUACACUUUUAAAUUUCUAGAGGCAUUAUAAAAAAAAAACAAAAAAACCCAAACCCACUGCCGUCGAGUUGAUUGCGACUCAUAGUGACCCUAUAGAACAGAGUAGAACUGCCCCAUAGAGUUUCCAAGGAGCGCCUGGAGGAUUCUAACUGCUGACCUUUUGGUUAGCAGCCGUAGCACUUAACCACUAUGCCACCAGGGUUUCCAGAGGUUUUAUAUCAUACCAAAAACUAAGAAUCAGGAAUGUUUGAAUUUUCAAUUAUAAGCUAUUUCUUAAAAGAUAUUUUAUACCAGCUUUCGUUUUCUCUGAAGAAUCUUAAAAUAGUUUACAUGCUUCCCCUUAGUUAAUAGAAUGCACGUUCUAAAUUUCCAAAUUUCCAUACUCUUUUUUUCUAACAUUGUUUUAUAGCAAAAAAACAACUAGUAGUUGCACAAAUGUUAUACAAACCCGGUCUUUUCAUAAAGUUGAAAUGUGAAAAUAAA